CACGCUCUCUGACUCUUCUGUGGUGCGUCGGUGUUCGGGGGUGGGGUGGGGGGGAGAAGGAAAAAAAAAGAGGAAGGAAUAUGGUUUCAUGUGACGCUCCACCCGCUCUAGCGGAUCUCUGGUAGCGCGGAGGAGGAGGAGGCUGCGUGGCUCGGCACUCUACAAAGCCGUUGGAUACCUGAAACGACUGCCUGGUACGGUACCGAACCAAGCCCGAGGAGCACCGAGGAGACAUAAAUGGUGGAGGCCGUGGUGGAGUUUGACUAUGAGGCCCAGCAGGACGACGAGUUGAGCCUGAGCGUGGGCGACGUCAUCGUGAACAUACGGCGAGACGACGGAGGAUGGUGGGAGGGCGAGCUGGCGGGGCGCCGGGGCUUGUUCCCCGACAACUUUGUGCGGGAGAUCAAGAAGGAGGGCAAGCGAGAUGGAGGACAGGCCAGCGUGGCGGUUAAAGUGGACCUCUCCAACGGCCGGACGAGUCCCGUGUCCGAGCCCAGCACCAGACCGGCCAAGAAGGCGGAGCAGAUUCGUAAGCGGCGGUGCAAAGCGGCCUUCAGCUAUGCGCCUCAGCACGAAGAUGAGCUGGAGCUGAAAAUAGGCGACAUCAUCGAAAUUGUAGCCGAGGUGGAGGAGGGCUGGUGGGAGGGUGUCUUAAAUGGCAAAAGUGGGAUGUUCCCCUCCAAUUUCACCAAAGAGAUCCUGCUUGAGGCCGACGGGACCUCCUCCGACACUUCCGCCUCGCAGGAGGAACCGCACAGCGCCCGCAACAGUAAGAACAGUCCAGGGAGUGAGAGCGAUGGAGCCGACACUCGAUCCGAAGGGGGCUCUGUUGAAAUCCAGCCCAAAAAGGUGAGGGGCUUCGGCUUUGGCGACAUCUUCAAAGACCAGCCCAUCAAGCUCCGCCCUCGCUCCAUGGACGUCGACGCUGAGGGCGACAAGGUCGCUGAGUGUAAGACGGCGAGCUCGCCGGCCCCCGACAACAUGAAGAGCGACCCUGACAGCAGAGGAAAAGGCCGAGAGCUGUGCAAAGUCCUCUUUCCGUACGAGGCGCAGAACGAAGACGAGCUGACGAUAAAAGAGGGUGAAAUCAUCGCCAUAAUCACCAAGGAAUGCGCCGACACAGGCUGGUGGAUGGGCGAGGUCGGCGGUCGCCAAGGCGUCUUCCCAGAUAAUUUUGUCAAACUGCUGGAAGCCGAGAAAGAGAGACCAAAGAAGCCGCCGCCUCCCAGCGCACCGUCGGCCAAGCACACGACAGCAGAGAAAAAGUCAGACGGCAAGAAGGUUCCUCCAGAGCGGCCCGAGCACCUGCCGCACCGAGACCAGGAUCGAGGUGACGAGAUCCUCAAGCCCUCCCUCCCGACUGUCCUCCCCAAGAAACUUUUCCCUCCAAAGACGUCGACUUCCUCCUCCACUUCCCAACAACCCCCAAGGCGCCCUGAGAGACCGCCCGCUCUGGCGUGUGAAAGCCCCAAAUCCGAUGUGGGGUCUUCGACACCUGAAUCCGCUCCUGACAGGUCCCACAACGCCGACCUGGACCUGGAUUCGGUGGUGCCGUCGGCGGAGAAGCUGAGCCACCCGACGGCGUCGCGGCCAAGAGUCACGGACCGCCGGCCUCGCUCGCAAAUUAUCACAUCGUCCUCACUGACCAGCAGCGAUGUGGACCACCCGGUACCAGAGCGAGCCAAGGAGAGCCCAGAACCGGUCCAGUCCAGACCUGUGGAGGUUUCCGCAAAGAAGGGAGCUCCUGUUGUUUCAGUACCUGAGAGUAAACCCCAGCCGGCCGCCAAGUCGUCCUCGUCUUUGAACCCGCCCACUGGCCCCAGCCAUCGUCCCGCCUCUCCGUCUUCCUCCUCGUCGUGCCCCCCCGUGAGUCCCGGCCCCGCUCCGGAGGCGCAGCUCACGGCACCCGCGGCGGCGCCCACGCUCGAGGACUUGAGGAGGCAGAUGCGGGAGCUACGGAGCGCGGUGGAGCUGCUGAAGUGUCAGCACAGGCAGGAGAUGAAGCAGCUGGCCGGCACGCUGGAUGAAGAGAAGAGGAUACGACUCAGUUUACAAAUGGAAGUGGAGCACAUCAAGAAGAUCUUGUCCAAAUGAGCCCAGGCCAAAACAACGUUUGUGCCAAAUGAUCAUGACGAUCGCCAUCAGCAGCGAGCAUCGUGGACUCAAACAAUGUGACCCCCAGCCCCCACCCCUUUUCUCCUGCAUCGUUGCCUUCCCUUGUGUUUAUUUCACUCCGUUCUGUUCAUUUCUAACCACAGCACCCCCCCCCCCCCUGCUAUUUUCUCUCCUGGCGCCUGCCGGGCUCACCGGUACUGGCGGGUGGCUGCUGUGUUGCCGUGGCGACACAUCACUCAAGAGGUACUUGCGAGAAAAGAAUGGCGAAGGCACAUUGGAACCCCGCAGGUCGGUCGGUUCGGACCGCGGUGGCGCCGUCGCUCGUCCACGCUGCGGCCUUCCCGCCUCUUAGCUCUCCUUGCGUGCGUGCGCGAGACAGUUUUACAAGCGGCACAUUUAGCUCCAAACUUGGUAGCACACGGUUAAAAUCAGGACUGAUGUUUGUAUCGUUGUUUCGCAUUCAUAUGUUGCCGAUGCUAAUUUGCCAACUUUUAAUUCUGAGAUUUCAAUUGGCUGUUGUCCAUAUGAUACACUAUGCACAAAAAUUGGGCAAUAUUUUGGGUGACAUUUUUUUUUUUGGAUGAAUCUAAAAUGAAUGACAGAAAAACCUUGACCGGUGAACUCAAGUUGUGACAGAAGCUAAACUAAAACCUAUUCUUGAUUUUUGACUUGGAUGCGACUUGACAAGCCUUGCCCGAGUUUGUUUCCGUGAUCUGAUGGUUAGCUUAGCGCUCACGACAAAAAAACGGGGUUCACUGGACUGUACAAUUCCAUUGAAAAAAGUAAUGACCAUCGAAAUAGUGAGUGAGCCCCCCCAGCCCCCUGGCACAAUUAGAUUCAGCCUCUUUUGCACAUCAUUAGAUGGAUGACAAAAUAAUACUCCAGAGCUAUGAUGAUACAGUGGUUAUUAUUCUGCGUUGUUGCAAUCCGGGUCAUGGCACCAAUUGAAAAGUCCGGGGGCGGGGGGGGUGUUUCACUGAUCCUUUUAUCUUUAAUGCUCUCAGUAUUAUAUUAACAGUAAGUACCAGAGAACUGCAUAUUCUCAGUUCAAGUAUUUAAUGGAUGCCAGAAAGAUCACGACAGAACCAAUUCUGCCAGAUGCGGAAGGUGGUCCAAAGUGGUUCCUCCGUUCUCUUACCCUGUCUUGGGUGCCUGCCCCCCCCCCACACACACAGGUGAGCAACACUAUAUGAAUGUGUGUGUGAACCCCCACGAUCUGAACUAGUUUCAACUGGUAAGGGUGCAAAAGAAUGAGAAGUUUGCCGAAGCCAGGCGCAAAGGUCACAGCGACACAAUAGCCGAGCUCAAGUCACCGAUUUCGCGAUGUGCCGAAGAGGCCCGAAUGUCACACGAGCGACAGUACCAGGCCAUCCCACAUAAAGCCGCAAAUGGUAGCUUUAAAUCGAAUUUGCCUCCCAGUGCGCGCGCUAAUGCAUGAGCACAUUUGUGUAUUUGACGACGAUGUCAUGUCGUUUGCCUUGACGCACACACAAAA